GUUUCGACCGGACGUUAGCUUCCCUGGCAGCGGUUAGCUUGAUGUUUCGCUGCCGUUGCCGUGGUUUGUUUUAUUUCGAGCUCGACGCAGAAAACCUGUCACUGGAGCUACGUUUGUUAGCACCGUUAGCUGCGGCAUUGACAUGUCAUCGCGUCAACAACGCGGGGCUGUUUAACGAGCGACGCGUCUGUCGAAGACAAACAUCUGUGGAGGAAAUCGCAGGAGAAGUGAGAUGAAAUGACAACGUCAACACUGCAGAAAGCGAUUGAUCUUGUGACCAAAGCCACAGAAGAAGACAAGGCGAAGAACUAUGAGGAGGCCUUGCGCCUGUAUCAGCACUCUGUGGAAUAUUUCCUUCACGCCAUUAAAUAUGAGGCUCACAGCGACAAGGCCAAGGAGAGCAUACGAGCGAAAUGCAAGCAGUACCUGGACCGAGCAGAGAAGCUGAAGGAUUAUCUGAAGAAUAAAGACAAACAGGGGAAGAAGCCCGUGAAGGAGGCGCAGAGCAAUGACAAGAGCGACAGCGACAGUGAAGGGGAAAACCCAGAGAAGAAGAAACUGCAGGAGCAGCUCAUGGGUGCCAUUGUCAUGGAGAAGCCUAACGUGCGGUGGAGCGACGUGGCAGGACUGGAGGGAGCGAAGGAGGCUCUGAAAGAAGCCGUGAUCCUGCCCAUUAAAUUCCCUCACCUGUUCACAGGCAAACGGACGCCGUGGAGAGGGAUCCUGCUGUUCGGUCCUCCAGGGACAGGGAAGUCGUACUUGGCCAAGGCUGUGGCCACAGAAGCCAACAACUCCACCUUCUUCUCCGUCUCCUCCUCUGACCUCAUGUCCAAGUGGCUGGGAGAGAGUGAGAAGCUGGUGAAGAAUCUGUUCGACCUCGCUCGCCAACACAAACCCUCCAUCAUCUUCAUCGACGAGGUGGACUCGCUGUGUGGCUCCAGGAACGAGAACGAGAGCGAGGCCGCCCGCCGCAUCAAGACCGAGUUCCUGGUCCAGAUGCAGGGUGUGGGAAAUAACAACGAUGGUAUUUUGGUUCUGGGAGCCACAAACAUCCCGUGGGUGCUGGACGCUGCCAUCCGUAGAAGAUUCGAGAAGCGGAUCUAUAUCCCGCUGCCGGAGGAGCCGGCCCGCUCUCAGAUGUUCCGCCUCCACCUGGGAAACACGCCGCACAGCCUGAGCGACGCCGACCUGCGGCAGCUCGCCCACAAGACAGACGGGUACUCGGGGGCCGACAUUAGCAUCAUCGUCCGCGACGCUCUCAUGCAGCCGGUCAGGAAGGUCCAGUCGGCCACGCACUUCAAAAAGGUUAGUGGUCCGUCGCGCAGCAACUGCCAGGUCAUGGUGGAUGACCUCUUGACCCCUUGUUCCCCCGGCGACCCCGCAGCCAUAGAGAUGACCUGGAUGGACGUGCCGAGUGAUAAACUGCUAGAGCCUAUAGUUUGCAUGUCAGACAUGCUGCGCUCUCUGUCCACCACUCGUCCCACGGUCAACACCGAGGACCUGCUGAAGGUCAAGAAGUUCACAGAGGAUUUUGGGAUGGAGGGCUGAGAGGUGAAGCCCCGCCUCCCCCGCCCCCUCCCUCCACUGCUGCACCAUCCUGUAGACGUUCAUGUUCUGCUGAGCGCUCGGUUCACUCCUCAUGGAUUUUAAAUAAAAACGAAAUUAUUUAUUUAUUUCUUCUCAAAAAUCAGUCCAGUAUUAUCAUCAUCGUCAUUAUUGUUAUUAUUGUGAAUCCUCAGAGGAAGUUGAUCCAACGCAGCGACAGAAGAAUCUUGGUGUGAGUUUCCCGACGCGCUUUCAUCACGCCAUGGCUUUGUCCUGGACUGAGCUGGCUCCGCCUCUGACUGAAGGGCGGAGUCUUUCCGUUGCCAUGAUGCACUUUUUCUCCUAUUCUUUUUUUUGUUUUGCUUUGGUGAAGACUUGAAAAACGGUGCCGGCGUUUAAAGAAGAGACAUAAGAUGUUGGUUCUCCAGCCAGGCAUGUGAGUGUGUGAGUGCAUCUGUGUAAAUGUCUACACUUGUCUUUUGUUAUUUUGAUGAAGUGUUAAAUUAUUCCACUCAUCGUGAUAAUUCACGGUUUGUUUUUGAAGUGAGGCUGUAUGAGGUGCUGACAUUCAGAGAAUCAGCAAGAAAAAAAACAUCUUUAGCUCACCGUCAACAGGAAACUCAAGUUUGUAAACCACUCACUCUCUCACACCAAAGUCCUCUGCUGCCUCGUGUGGUCACUGUGUGUCACUAAAAUAAGUUGGAAUGAAGAAUUCCAAAAGACAAAGUGACAAAAUCAGACGUGUGUGCGUGUGUGUGCGUGCUGUUAAAAUCACUGAUUUUGUGGACUUUGGUGUGGGAGAGUGAGUGGUUUACAAACUUCAGCUUCCUGUUGAUAAAAGUCUGACUGACAGUGAGAUAAAGACGUGUUUAUUUUAUUAUUCUAUAUUCUUCUAAGCUGCUCAGACCAGCAGGGGGCGCUCACGGUGCACUCUGCUGUGACUGUAUGUCAAAUACAAAAAAAUGUUUUCACUUUCAUGUUCUGGAAUCUUUAAAAACACAUUUGUUCAACUUUACAGGCUGUUUACUCCAUUUAAACUUUUCAUUUCUAAGUUAUUAAAACUUUAUUGUUCCCUGACAAACUUACGUUUUGAUCACAUGACGUAAAGGAACGACUGAAUUUCGUUGGGAGUUAAAGUUUCCGUCAGUGACGUCGUCGGCUCAGUGGCCCCAUCUGUAGUCAGAACUUGGAAUUUCCACGUCACAAACCCGGAGCAACUUCACCGUUAACCGUCUUUAAAUAAAUCGUACACAGAGAACUGUAUCAUGUUUUUAUCGCCGCUCUCCACUUAAAACGUCCGAGUGAGGGAGGAACUGUUGGAGUUUAUUUUUUGCGACACAUUCAUUUCCCAUGAUUCCACGCUGCCCGUCAAAAUAUGUCUUUUUGUAAUUGUUUGGAUUGGGAGACACCUAGUGGGCAAAAAAUGUCAUUUCUCAAUAAUCACUGACGGCAAGCUUUAACGUCUGCACUCCGUUUCCCAGAAUGCACUGUGGUGUCUCUCCGUGUUGGUUUUGGUCGCGUUUGUUUCCGACGGUUUCACGUAAUUCACUAAUUCUUCUCCGCGUCGAUUCUGUUUACAAUUUUUUGUUUGGUUUGUUUUUCGUCACAGCUUCUGAACUCUGACGUCAAACAACAGUUGUCGGAUGUUUGACCUCUGACCUCGGCCGCGUCAGCAGGCUCAUCUGUUAUUAACAAUCUGCCACCGGCCGUGUUAACGUAACUAAUUUAACCUCAAUUAAUAAAAAGUGACAUUCA